GCGUGGAGGUUGAGAAGUCCUCUGAAAGUCCUCUGAGGAAAUGGUACCUGCACUUUGAAAGAGAUGAGUCCUGAGAUAAGGCGACAGACUCUGAUCAGAACGGGGAAGCAAAUGUGGGUCCUUGAUGGGGAAAGCCGUUUGACCAAAUCCGUCGGGAAGAGACGGAUUACUCUCUGACCUUCAUUUAACUGCAAACUGACUCUGCAUCUAGUGUCCCCUGCGAAUUAUGUGGGCGACAAAGUAGGAACAAAAGCCAAGAUGAAAUGGGUGGUGCUUGUCACCCUCGGGCUAACUUUGCUGUUAGGAGCCCAAGCCAUACCUUCGAGUCGCCUUUCCUGCUACAGAAAGAUGCUGAAGGACCGUAACUGUCACAGCCUUCCAGAGGGCAGAGCCGACCUGACGCUGAUCGACCCGAAUGUCCAGCAUCAUUUCUGGGAUGGGAAGGGAUGCGAGAUGAUCUGUUACUGCAAUUUCAGCGAACUGCUCUGCUGCCCAAAAGAUGUCUUCUUCGGACCAAAGAUCUCCUUCGUGAUCCCCUGCAACAGUCCCUGAGGAUCUGCAUGCAUUCUGGAGAAGGCGGUCCCUAAUUUCCCACAAACUGCGUCAGUGUAGCUACAGUUGUGAUUUCCAUCGUGGAUGAAAGUCCAGAUUGUAUAAAGUCUCACUUGCCUUAGUAAACCUGGCUAAAGCAGCAAUAAAAGUUACUUCCAUUCA